CUCCCACCGUACAGCACGCGUGCUCGCUCCCCGUCCCUCUCUGCUGUCAGCCGUCUGUCUUCGUCUCCACGUCCCAUCCCGCUAGCCUGCUCUCCCGAGGACCGCUCUCCCUAUUGGUAUCCAUGGCUGGAGCUCAGAGAGCCUAGAAUCCAACCUUUACAGAUGCGACCUCUUUUCCUUCCUCCUUCUCCAUCUUUGCUUCCGUGAACCAUCCCCCUUCCCUUCGUUCGCUUCUUUGCUUGCUGCUUUCUAGACCCACGGCGACCGCGAGUUUGAUAUGUGCUGGCGGGCUUUGGAGGACUUUUUUUCGCCCACCCUCUAACGUUUCUGAUCUCAUUUCCUAUGGCCGUCGUCACAGAGCAGCGAAACAGACCAGAUAGAGUGGCGAAAGAUCCAUUCUUGAGCGCGCGCUCUCGUGAAGACCAUAUUCUCAGGAAGAACAUGUCGUAUCCCAUGCCCUCACAGCCGCCUGGUGCGAACGAUCAAAUCACCAUCGCCUCAAAUGAUGAAGAUCGUUUCGUUGUACCACAUGGUGCCAUUGACCGAGACGGAUUGAAGAAACGGAAAGCGUCAAAGUCAAGGCCGAACGACCUUCGUCGCUCAGCAUCGACCCCCCACCUUGGCAAAACGAGCCAAAGUGACGCUGGAGUGAUGUCGCCUACGAAUGAGAAGAAACGAAACAAACUCGGUUACCACCGGAGUAGUAUUGCUUGCAGUCAUUGUCGACGGCGAAAAAUUCGAUGCCAACUCCCCAUACCAGAGGAUGCGCAGGGAAGGUGCACGAAUUGCAUUCGUCUGAAGAAAGAGUGCAAUUUUUAUCCGGUCGAUCAAGCUCCUUCGGCUGACAGCAGAGCCGCGCAUCCUGUUCGAAAAGACACCGCCUUGUCCGGUGCGCCUUCAGCAUCUUCGCAAUCCUCGCCGCACCUUUCUGGCGUCUCGCUCCCUGGGUCUGUCGCCGACGAAGCGGCUCAUGUGCAGCUUCACUCGCCAAAGGCGGAUGCAGAGUCUCAAUCACAUCAAGAAAGCGCCGGCUACGGGAUCCCUGUGGGCACCGAAGCCAGCGCCCAGAACGUACCGUUUCAAUUCGCAAAGUUUGGGGGAGGAGCGUGGAACGACCCCCAGCAAGGUCUUACUCAGUAUCCGCAGCAGCAUCGUGCCUCCAUUGCGGAUCCCCAGUACUGGUCCGUCAACAGCACGCCAACUACAAGUCAUUACAGCCACGAUUCCGCAAUGUCGUUCAAUCCUACUACGCCAACAGCGUUCGCUACUCCAAAUUUCGCAUACACCAACGCUGGCAAUGUCCCCUUUGUUCCCGCACGAUCCUUGUCGUUUGGUCAGAUAGAAGGGAUGCCCCAGGCUUUUGGAUAUCAGAGUGUUCAGUAUGGACAUCAAGAGACACAUCCGGGGUACGCAAUUGCGUCGCAACAGCAUUUUGCUCAGCCUGGUGCUCCUCAGCAAGCUCAAGGCAAUAUUCCGCAAGCAAAUGGCCCUUCAGAAGCUACACCGAGAGGCUGGACAACUGCACCGUCCGUACAGGCUCCGUUGCCCUCCAAUGCUCCCUAUCAGCCAUCAAAUAUGACCACGUAUUAUCCUUCGCAGCAAGCCAUGGACGUCUACAACGGUCGUACCAAUCCCACUUAUCAUUCGACGCAGUUCUAUCCCGUUGCAACAAAUCCUGGAUGAAAAAUUUGACAGCUUCCCAUUCACGAUCGACAUCCCUUUAGGAAAGAGAAAAGUUUCGUUAUUUAGGAGGGCCUUACCAACGUUUACGUCGGAACGAGUGCCAUAAAACUUUCCACAGAUUUACAAGGGUUGCCGGGCCUCAGAAGCAAUGGCCACAACGCGAAGAAACUGCAGCACAGACGGAACUCUUCCUUGUUUUGGACCGUCUCACAAUUGCGAAUAUGAUGCAUGCAAGGCUGGGCAAAUUACAGAACGCUGAAGAUGCACAGUCCGUCUGGAAUAGGCGUAGCCAUGCGAUUGAAAGACUCUUACCGGGUCUCGUGUCGUAACAAUGCAUGGGGGAUGUUCGAUUUCAGGCCCGUGGCCUGAAGAAACUCUUUUCUCAGAUUUUGCCUCCGGUCCUGACGCAGAUGCAAGACACUUCAAAAUCCAGCAUUUUAGCAACUAUGGCCAGCUAUUUGAUCAGUAUGACGACGACUGCUGUCACACUAGUCCGACCUGCCUAUUUAGCGAAGAAGUUCUGAACUAUCUUCAUCUUGACAGAGUAGCUAUGCAAGCUAAGACACCAACUUUCUGUCUAUCCUGUUUCCCUUCUCACGUAGCCCACGGUCGCUAGGGCCACAUGUGGUCAGCGCUUCAAUUUAGACUUAGCAAUUAUCUCAAGAAAUCUCAAGAAAGCUCAUGUUUUGGUCACAAAAGCAACAAAAUCGCUCACAAUCUCGUCAAAGCAUUGCAUGGCGCAGGAUUCAGGAGACUGAACGCAUGGCGUUCUAGCGUUAGAGGCACAGUCUGCCUGCCAGUAUGGGCAACGUGGAGCCGAGCAACCAUGAUCUGGAUAUUCUGUCGAUCCCACGCUUCCUGUGACGGACUAGCAACGGGUGGUCCGUGAGCAAGGCACAGAGAAUUUAGAGUGGCGUUGUGUGGGUGUUUCAGCCAUCUCAGAAGCCAUCGCGCUGCUUAGAAGGACAGUUGAACGCUGUGGCGCGUUCAUAUAGGGGGUUUCUGUACAUAAACUUCUAACAAAACGUAUGGUUGUGUGGAACCGCCGGUUGAAGCCGGUGACAAGACCGCAGGCUUUAAAAGCAAAACACACUUGCAUCCUCUCAUCGAGGGCGCCCAGCAAGAUGGGGCAGCUUGUGAUCCGGAAGUCUUUGCGAGUUUACCCGUG